AUGAUCUACCAGCUUUUAGACCUUUCUGCACAAUUGUCUCCACCUGUACAACGGCCGUUAGAAACAUCUCAUUUAACUCCAGUGUGGCCUUGGACUUCCCGAACUCUUCGCCAGCGAACAUUGUCCUCUUACCUGCGUUCUUCUUCACGCACCAAAGCAUCAGUAACGGAAUCAGUUGAGGAAACAGUCACUAUCAAAAGUAACCCUCUUACAUUCCAAGUGGUGACAACUCCACAGAUGAAUCGAAACACUGCCAUGGAUGCGACAACAUCAAGAGCAACACUUACUCCUCAGCUUUCCCUUUACAGUGAAACAUACAAAACCUGGCGUACUUCUGAGUUAUUAAUGUCGUCACCACCAAAUGGGGGAAUGGUGGUGAUCCAUCGACCAAAAGCAUCUUCAGCUUCACCCUUGGCCAGCUCAGAUGACAUGAAAGCCACACCCCUGAACCCAUCCCCUCCAGCCACAGUGCAUGAUGCUCUCAGGACUCUGAUUGACUCUGACUCUGAAGUAGCUGAGACGACGCCAGUGACCGUCCAUCUUUGGUCAACUCCAUCGACGGCCAAUUUCACUGAGACAGCGAAUACCAUCAACCAAUCAACAGCAUCAAAUGUCAGCUUUCAAACUGCCCUGAAGACCGGGCACCCAAGCACAUGUCAUCCAGGGCGGCAGUACCCGGUGUGUCCAAUGUAA